AACUGCGUUUGUUUUGUAAUGAUGCUUUUGUCGUUGUUUUAUGUGUAUGUGCAAAAAAAAAGAGUAUAAUAAGUGUCGAAAGUUGGUAAAAAAAAGUCGCACAAUGUAAUUCGGCAAAUUGAUCGAUUAAUUAACGAACUCGGUACGAAAUGUAUUUAGCAUAAUCAUGCAUUUGAUCAUCAACCGCUCUCGCGUGGAACUGUUUUUAUAUCGUAAAUUUGGUAUUAUUCGCUUGUCACGUGGUGUUUUUUUUAUCUUUUACAACAUUUGAAUGUGGACAAAAUAAACAAACAGUACACGGUAUUGCGGAAAAAAGUUUAGAAAAUUUUCACGCCGAAAUCUUGGAUGAGUGCGCGUGAAGCGUAGUGAAAUUCGCCACAGUCGUCUUUUCUCAGCCUACAGUUUGGAAGAAAAAUGACAACGCACUCGCGCGCUCAAGAAAACGAUGCUUGGGCUCUAUUAGCCCUCAGAUCGGAAUCGGCCCCAGCCAGUCCUACGAAUUCCAAAAUCCAAUGGUGUCCGGAAAACGAAGGUACCGCUAUAGCUCGACUAGAAGGAAGAGAAUUCGAGUAUUUAGUCAGACAGAAGAAAAUCAUCGUCGGACGCAACAGUUCACGUGGUUCGGUCGAUGUUAAUAUGGGACAUUCUAGUUAUAUUUCGAGAAAACACAUCGAAAUCAGAUUCGACUCGCCGCAUUUCUACAUGUCCUGUAAUGGCAAAAAUGGCGUUUUCGUCGACGGAAUUUUCCAAAGAAAAGGAGCUCCUUCUAUACAGUUACCUAAAACGUGUACCUUAAAAUUUCCCAGUACCAAUAUUAGAUUAGUUUUUCAAUCAUUAGUAGAAGAUCCGGCGACUAGUAAUUCGGUUGAAAUUGAGAAUGAUAAACUGAUUCAUAAUCAAGUCAUACCGAAUAACGAAUAUUGCAAUAAUAUCAAAACGUCUCCGGAUUCGGUUUCAAAUUCGACCAGAAUUCAAGCGCAUAUGAUACCAGCUUCGUCGGCUAUAUCUACAUCCAUCGCUAAUGCUGGAUUAGCUUCGUAUGGUAAAUCGAGAAUGGUCUUACCACCGUUGCGUAUUAAUAUACCGAUGGAACGCGAAUCUUUGGGUAGCCCGUUUCCGUCGCCUACUGGAACCAUUAGCGCCGCCAAUUCAUGCCCGACAAGUCCAGGAGGUAUGCAUCCUGGUAAACGUAAUAUAAACGAAGAAUUACAAAUAGUGGCCGCGUACGCGUCUUCUCAUCCUUCGGUGAUCACGCCGUCUUCUACAACUUCAUCGUAUGUGAUCGAUGACAGGUUGGAAUGCGUUCCAGUCGGAGGUUCUAGUCACGAAAAUAUUGAAGUAAUCACGUACCCGGGAGACGAUGGUGUAUCGAAUAAAAUUUACAAACCUUCGAACGGAUCGACGAACAUGCUUCCAUUAAGUCCGUCAAAGGAUGAAUCAAAACCUCCGUAUUCGUACGCGCAAUUAAUCGUACAAGCUGUCGCAUCGGCGCCCGAUAAGCAGCUCACACUUAGUGGCAUAUAUUCGUACAUUACCAAAAAUUAUCCUUAUUAUAGGACGGCCGAUAAAGGAUGGCAGAACUCUAUUAGGCAUAAUUUAUCGCUGAAUAGAUACUUCAUCAAAGUACCUCGAUCGCAAGAGGAACCUGGUAAAGGUUCGUUUUGGCGUAUCGAUCCGCAGUCCGAAAGUAAACUAAUUGAACAGGCAUUUCGGCGCAGAAGGCAACGAGGAGUACCAUGUUUCAGAGCACCGUUCGGUUUAUCUUCUAGGAGCGCGCCUUCGUCACCGAAUCAUAUUAGUAUUGGGAGUCUCAUGACUUCAGAACCCAUGUCGCCGGAAACGUCUCCUGUCACUACUACAGAGCAACCAGUCGCACUUGAUUACGUCAGUCAGUCAGCUCCCGGAUCACCCAGAAAUAACAAUAUACCAUCGCAUUAUUUACAAUCAGAAAAACUGAUGGGCAAAUAUUUCGCAGCAGGUGGUUACAUCAUGAAAGAGGCGUCGUCGACUGUUAAAGUGUUUCCUAAAACACCGGUCAUCGUUAAAGCAGCGUACGAACCGUACAGUCCCGAAUCGUAUAUAAACUCGUCAGUGAAAGAAGAGCCGCAGCCAUUCAACGCGAAAAUAUACGCCGCCGAAGAGCACGACGCCAGCGAAGUCGAAGAAGACGUUAUUAUCAAACAAGAAUCCAUAAACAUGGUCAACUCCAGCAGCAAUAACAUAGGUGGCAGCAAUAGCAGCUCUGGCAGUUGCGGCAGCGGCCCCAUAGACCUAGCUGACGCUUCUCACUCGGAGAAUAGAAUUACGACGACGGCCGACGAUCGCGUCAAACAAAACGACAUCAUUAAACAAGCCGGCAGCGUUAUACUUUCGACCUGCUACGAAACCACCAUCCCCAUACCCGGUGACACAGUCGUCGAAGCUUACGAAGAAACCGUCAACUGCGUACCAUCUCCGUCGUACACAAACGCCUCGGACGGUGAAGAGAAUCAUAUGCAGACAGAACACGACGAAACGGUUGCAGCUAAUGAACAAGUCAUCGUCGAAGACGAUCUCGACCAGCAGCUGCCAAUCAAAAAGAAGAAACUGCAGUGGGAUGAAAGAGAUUCUGUAUGAUAUACGAAAUGUUAAUGCAAGUAGCGAAAGGUGAAUUAUUCAAAAUGCACUCGCUUCGACAUUUCUGUUCCAGGUUGUUGAUACGUCGCGUCCUUUUCCGAAAUGAAAUUUAUAGACAAAAUUUUUGCCAGUAGCUGAAUGUACUACCUACUACUACUACUACUACUAUAAGAGACCACGUUGUUCAGAAAACCAAAAAAAAUCGGACUAAAUUUAAUAAACUUCGAAACGUUCUUUGAUGAAGAAAAAACCGACAUGGGAAAAAAAGUAGUAAAAUGCUUGAACGACGAUUACUUUUUAUUUCACAUUUUAUGUAAAAUAUUUUAAUUCUCCUCUUUUUUUUUGCGUGUAAUAUUUUUUGUAUUAUGAUUGUUACCAGUUUUGUUGAUGAAAAUGAAUUGUAUUUUCAUUUUUCAAAAUACUAUAUAAUUUCGCAAUGUUUUAUUAAAAAUAGAACGUAGGUUUAAAAAAAAAAAAAAGAAAAAAAGUAUGUGAAAUUGUUUUUUUUUCGUUUGUUUGUUUGACUCUCGACACAUUGAAAUUUUGUAUAUUUUUUCUUUUUCUGCGCUAUUGCUAGACAUUUUUUCGCAAAUUGAUGUGUAUGUUUUGUUGAAGAUACGUAUAUUAAAAAAAUCUCUUUCUAUUAUUUUUUUUCUUUCUGUUGAGAAAAUAUAAAAAAUUGAAAUUCUCGCUUGUGUGUGUGUGUUCUUUUAUGCAUACAAAUAAAUUUUUUUAUUUUAUGUACGACACGGUGACCAAAAAAAUUAACGAUUUUGAUCUCUCUGUAUCUGUUUGUGUAGAGCACGAAGACCCGGCGGUCGUUAAAAUUUUUGGAAGUUUGCUUUUAUUUCUUUUUGACGUGUUUUUCUUUUUCUUUUUCUUUUCUUUUUUUAUGUUUUUAUUUUGUAUUUAUGUGAUACGUUUUGCAAACGGCGUAAGAGUUUUUGGAAAGCGUAUAGACGCUGUUUUAUGUAUCUUACGUUCCGUUCUACUAAAUAGAACGUUCGUUCGUUGUCUAUAUAUUGUGAAUGUAUAUGCGCGUGUGUGUACAACCUUAACGUGUAACUUGUUAUCAGUACUUAAAGUUGAGAAAUAAAAUGAUUUGAAAAAUA